GACGUGCACCCAAGUUUGGAGGCUCAUGCUUUAAUUCACCUCCCUCCUGGGCCCCCAAAUAAGUAAAAAUACCGCAGCCUGAGGGCCCAGCCUCUUCCGCAUUGUGUCUGGGUUUCUGCAUCCCUGCUGGGUUUCCAGCCUCUUCCUGUAAUUUGGCAGAAGGGCUUCGGGGGUGCUCACUGGUUACCCCCACAUCAAAGACUGCCUUUCGUGACCACCGACUAGGGGAAGGAGGGGGAUCAGGGCAGAGCAGAAGGGAACGGCCGGAGGCAGGACGUCUGGAAGGAGAGAGAAAGCAAAUGGCAAAGGUGGCAGAAGUCCAGCACCACGAUGACUGAGCGCUUCGACUGUCACCACUGUGAGAACUCCCUCUUCGGCCGGAAGUAUGUCCUGCGGGAGGAGCAGCCCUACUGCGUGGGCUGCUUCGAGGCCCUCUUCGCCAGCACAUGCGAGGAGUGUGGGAAGCUGAUUGGAUGCGACUGCAAGGACUUAUCCUACAAGGACCGGCACUGGCACGAGGCCUGCUUCCACUGCUCGCGAUGCAGGAGCUCCCUCGUGGACAAGCCAUUUGCUGCCAAGGAGGACCAGGUGCUCUGCACUGACUGCUACUCGCAGGAGUACUCAUCCCGCUGCCAGGAGUGCAGGAAGGCCAUCAUGCCAGGCACCCGCAAGAUGGAAUACAAGGGCAGCAGCUGGCACGAGACCUGCUUCACCUGCCACCGCUGCCAGCAGCCCAUCGGGACCAAGAGCUUCAUCCCUAAGGACGGCCAGAACUUCUGUGUGCCCUGCUAUGAGAAACAGCACGCCUUGCAGUGCAUUCAGUGCAAAAAGCCCAUCACCAGCGGGGGCGUCACGUACCGUGAGCAGCCCUGGCACAGGGAGUGCUUCGUGUGCACUGCCUGCAAGAAGCCACUGUCCGGCCAGCGCUUCACGUCCCGUGACGAGUUCGCCUACUGCCUGGGCUGCUUCUGCGACUUGUACGCCAAGAAGUGUACAGGCUGCGCCAACCCCAUCAGUGGACUGGGCGGCACCAAGUACAUCUCCUUCGAGGAGCGGCAGUGGCACAACGACUGCUUCAACUGCAAGAAGUGCUCGCUGUCGCUGGUGGGGCGAGGCUUCGUCACCGAGAGAGAUGACAUCCUGUGCCCCGACUGCGGGAAGGACAUCUGAGCCGCUAGAGGGCCUGCUCGCGCUGCUUUCCCCCUGCGCUCCCCGCCCCCGCCCCGCCGCGCCCCGCCCCGCCCCGCCCACAGGGGGCGCCGCGGCCCCCGGCCCCGCCUGCUACCUGUGCCGCCCACACCUGUUUACAGCCUUGCUCCGCGCUUGUGCCUGAGGCCUAGGGAAGGAGGUCCUGGAACCCGAAGUGGGAGGUGGUUGUGCAUUCGUGGAAUCACGCAAGGACAAUCCGAGUGGAAACAUCCUUUUGAAUGCUAUCUUUAUAGACCGAUCUUUCUUUCACUGUGUAUUUAAUUGUUAAGUGCAAUUACCGCGAGUUAAUGAAGGGUUGGUGUCAGGGAGUUGACCGGUGGCCUAGUGCUUGGCUUUUGGCGCUCUCGCGGCUACAGCCAGGGGCAGUAAUCCCUGGUCUGGGACCUCAGAUCCCACAUCAAGCCAAUACCCGCCAAAGCCAAAAAAAUGGUAUUUCCAAGGCUGUAACUUUCUGUCACGUGGAGCCCAAAGCAAGGUGAGCCGGCUCACGAUAAAGUGAUCCGGGAGGAAAUCUUAUGUCAAGUGCAGUGGGUCAAAUAUGAAACGUUAAGGGUCUCAGCAUAAACAACACUUGACUGCAGCUUCCACUAGGGCUCUGACGGACUGAAAUUGCAUCAGGCCUUUUAUCGAAAAGGAAGCCGCAGUCAGCACCAGGGCAGCUGCCUUCCUCUCUGACCCUUUCCCAGACUCCCUGGGAAUUUAAUGCUCAGCCUAGGAUGUGGUGACAUAAGCAACAGCACGUGAGCUGAUGGACGUGCGGGCGGCACUGGGUCACUUUUCUGGACAGAGCUCGAUGCUCUCCUGUGCUCCCGGCCAAGCCCUCACACCUGCCUGCCUUCUCCUCCGUGAGUGGAGGCUUGCAGGAGGCACAGGUGACUCCAGGCCAGAGUUGAUGUCCUGUGCACCUGUAUUUUGUCAACACCUGGGCAACUGAGGCCACCUGGGAGCCUUCUGUGAGUGUUUCUGAAGGAUAAGAAGGGAAAUCACAGCUCUAAAUAUAACACUCCUUUUCAGGUAGGCUCCUGAGCUGACUUCUAAAGGUUCGCUAUGCCCUAGACCCAGAAAACCCCACAAAAUCACUGCACAUCAAGAGGUUAAGGUUUUUGUGCUCACCUUUUUUUGGCCACGCCCUUGGCAUGUGGAAUUUAUGCCAACUUACCAGGUAGGGCAUGGCAUGGUUCUCUUUGGGAUAACAACUGUGAUUUUUUUGUCCUUAGCUUUCUAAGAUAAUGCAGUAUGAUACAAUGAUCGGGUAUGCAGCAGAAAAAUCUGGUUGAACUCAAGUCCCACCUAUGCAGAGCAUCUGUGAAGCCGGUUUCUUAAUCUGAGUGCUGGUCACUGUGAGAAAUGCUUGAUUGUGGCUGAAACAGGCCUCUGGCUGUAUGGUCUGUUGACUGGAGGCUUUGCUCAAAAAAAAUAACCACCACCCCCCUCCACCUUGUUAGUUGCUUUGCU